GUCCAGUUUAUAAUGGCGAAGGCUGUUUUGAAAUUUAAAAAUGAUUCGACUGAAAAGCACGCUGCAAACCUUUUCGAGGUAGCAUACCGGAUGAAAGGACCACUUCAGCCCGAUGAUCCAUCUUUGAUAUCCAUUAUCAAGCGUGACUAUUUGCGGCCUCCAAGAACAGGGCCCUACGAAUUACAGCGCCUAUUUUCGGGCGACUAUGAGGGUAAAUUGCUCAGCGAGCUUUGGAUAGACUCGUAUCUGAGGGACUUUUAUCCUCCCGGUAAAAAAGGAUAUUUCGUGGAAGCGGGAGCGUUGGACGGUGUGUACAUGUCGAACACCCUGCGUCUGGAGAUGGAGCAAGGUUGGACUGGACUCUUGGUGGAGCCUGACGUGGACAACUACAAGCAAUUGCUGCUGGCCAACCGCAAGGCCUGGACGAGUCCAACUUGCCUGUCGCUAAACGACUACCCCGAAACUGUCGUGAUUACAAAAAUGAGGAACCUUGGGCCUCAGAUAAAAUGGCUUUGGAGAGCCACUACGUACAUUCGGACGGGAGGACGAGAUUAUUCGGGCUAUUCAAAUUUCAGAACAAUUACGCAGUACGACUCGGCCCAAUGCGUCCCUGCGCGAUCCCUGUUCCUGGCGCUCAACGUGAGCCACGUGGACUUCUUCAGCUUGGACAUCGAGAUGACUGAAGAGGCGGUACUCAAAGUUUUCCCUUUUGAAGAUGUUACUGUGGACGUGUGGGUGAUCGAGCACAGGUGGUCAGGGGAUUUCUAUGUCGAUAUGGAGAAAUUGAACCGCACAAGCAAUUACACUCUUGUGCAAAUGGAACAGCAAGGCUUUCCACCAGAAGAUAUAAUCCAUAGGCAAAGCCUCAUAAGUGUGUUCGAGGACAAAAACUUCAUCCAAUUCAUGAUCAACAAAGGGUACUACUACUUGGAUGCCACGUGUACACAAGUCGGAGACUUUUUGUUCGUACGUAAAGAAUCAGAGAUUUACAAGUCAAUGGAAGUGCCCGAACAUGAAAGCAAUCGAACUGAAAUUUGCAAGCACAAAUUGUUGCUUGUACGUCAAGGAACCCAAUAUUUUGACGAAACGGCACGCGAUCUGCACCACUAUCCAGGAAUUAAGUACAAGUCUAUUGGAAAAAAUACUUUCAUACAAUUAGAAGAAAAAAUCAAGGUUGAAUAAGGUCCUAAGAUUCAAAUAACUAAUAUUAAAGUAAGAGUUGGAGAGACUUGUCUAAAAUUUUCAUCCUCAAUCUAGAUAAUUUCAGAGACGCCACUGAGCGCUGAUGACACCGAGAAGCAAAUGAAACACCAGGACUUCAUUGCGUUCUGUGAGGUGGUAUUGCGCGUGUAACCUUAAAUUGCAGUCCGAGUUGACUGAGUCGAUAUCAGUGGCAUCAGACAGCGUAAAUUUCCCAUAGCAUUUACAUGAUAUUGUAAAGAGGGUGUCCCAAAAAAAACGAUACAGUUAAAAAAA